AUGGUCCAACUACAGAACUUCUUCUUUUUCAUUACUUCCAUGGUCGUGCCUCGUGGCACGGCAGCACCCGUACUCUUGAAAUGGUUCGUCAGUAGAGAUGUUCCCACAGGUGCCCCUUCUUCCAAUGGUACGAUAAUUCCUAUUCCUAUCCCUUCAUUCCCUUUUUUGGUCUAUCUACAUUCCAGGAAAUUCAUACGCUCCAUGGACGGAGACAAAAGUGGAGUGUUGGUCAGAGCAAGCCGCCCUAUUCUAUUACCAGACAACAACAUGGGGAGAAGCUCAUCCGAAACUAGAGCUAGAAACGCUGCAUUUCGUUUCGUUCCCGUUCUUCAUUUCCUUCUUCUCGAAUCCAUGGGUUCCUAUUUAGAAUCUUUCCGCGGUGUGCUCCGUUUACUAUUCUUUCGUACCCUCUUCUUUUUACCACGCGAUAGGUCAGCGAAGCGUGAGCGGGCGCGGAGAAGAAAACGCCAAACACUUCGGCCUCACGGACAACGACGAAAUGAAAAGAUGAGGUGCCCAGGGCACCCCCAUGACGAAAGAAGGGGCGAAGGUUUUGGGCCUGUAGCUUUCCCCGUCACCCCUUCGUCGGGUGGUGCUUGUGGGGGGGGUGUGCCACCAGAAAUCGGGCUUGAAGCUCUCGCCUUACCAACGAGCCGACUUCGGGUGGCAGUUGGUCACGACGACUACCAAAAAGCUCCUAUGAAUCUUCCUAUUGAACAUGGAGGAGUGUGCAUCUGUCUGUUGGGUGUUCUUCUGUCUAACACGAAGAAGAUACAGUUCACUCAACGAUUGCCUUUGGGUUCCGAACUCCAUAUGGGUUUGGAGCGUUGUUGUUUGCGAGGUCUCGAUCAUUUACAUGGACCCACUUCUCAUUCAAUUUGUGGGAAUUUGAUGAUCUAUAAACCGUCCUUAACGCAAAAUCGGCUCAUGUUUGAGCAUGAUGAAUCACUUCGUGCCGACCUGUUGCCAAUCCACUUUCCGGCCUCCUAUGGGAAUGGAAAACUGGAUCAUUUUCUGCAUCGGUGGAUGAAGAAUCGCGAACAUCAGAAUUUAUGGUUGACCAUGUUCCCAGAAAGAAGAUACUUUUUUUCCGAAACGACGAGCACGACCGAAGUAGCUAUACAUACAAAUCCAUUUACGGAUCCAUAUGCUCCGAUUGGAACUGGAAGUUCCGGAACAGGCGGCUGGUAUACCACCAUAAUGAAACUGCCUUUUAUUUUUUGCAUUCGGAUAGGAUUUAUGUUGGCUUCGUCGGGAGGCUCGCGUAGUUUGUUACGUCAGCUCCAAAAGGAGAAGUUGCAUUGGAAUCGAGAAAGUUCCAUUGAGUUCAUAAUUGCAUCAAAGGAGUCAAAGUAG